CCGUGCAAAUAGCCUCUAUAGAUGACAGGGAUCGGUAGCGAGGUAGGCCUAGUGAGAAUCAAAACAUUCAUGCAAGUUGGCUGAAAUCUCUUUAAGUCUUUAUACCUAGGCCUAUACAGAUUUGUUGUUGAUCAUGUCAGAUGAAAGGAAAUAUGCUGUUUUAUCAAAAGAAUCCAUUAAACUUAUUGCUGGAACUGUAGGCUUCGAUAGUCUUCCCGAUGAUAUCGCUACCGCUUUAGCCGAAGAUGUAACCUAUCGUUUGAGAGAAGCGGCUCAAUCAAGUGUGCAAUUUAUGAAGCAUGCCAGGCGAAGAAAACUUACGUCUGAAGAUUUUAAUAGAGCGCUACGUUGGAGUGAUCUUGAGCCCAUAUGUGGAAGUAAUUUGAAAGAUUUCAGGUCAUUUCGACACAGCAAAGAAGCAGAAGUAUUUUUUAUUGAAGACAAAGAAAUAAGUUUAGCUGAUGUAUCAUUGGAUAUCACACAGCAUCAAAAUAAUGGAAAAAACUCUAUUCAAGCACAAUGGUUAGCUAUUGAAGGUGUGAACCAGGGAAGCAACCCUUCCAAAACUUCAUCAGUUACUUUGGGGCCGUCACUCUCUGACGAACAUAGCGAAUAUUAUGAACAAGUAACUUCAGCUUGUUUAGGCAAAGAUGAAGCUGCAAUCAAGGCUGCUUUGGCAGAUCUUCGGAGUAACAGCAAGAUUGGAGCACUGCUGCCCUUCCUGCUGAACUUUGUAACAAGUAACAUUAAUAAGGUCACCCACAACCUAAAGCAACUCAACAAACUGCUGCACAUGGCCCAGUCACUAAUCAACAAUUCAAACCUCUUCCUUGGUCCUUACUUGAAAAAUCUAGUAUCUUCGUUGGUGCACUGUAUCUUGGAACCGCUAUCUGCCUCUGUAAACCCUGUCCAUGAUCACUGGUUACUUCGGGAAUAUGCUGUGUUGCUUCUUGGUCAGACAUUAAGGUCACUAAAAUCACAUUCAGAGACCAUCCAUCAGCAGCUAGUGGAGACAUUUGAGCAAGUGCUCACAGACCCACACAGGCCUCUCUGCUGCCAUUAUGGUGCUCUUAUGGGGCUGGUGGUCUUAGGACCUCAGGCAAUUGAAUCAAUAUUGCUGCACAACAUCUCAAGCUUGUUCAUGAUCAUAGAGGAGGCCUCCACUUCCAAUUAUCAGAGCCAACUAGAUGCUAGAAAAGUCCUCGGAGCUUUGCAGAUGGCUGCCGAAGUGCUUUUGCAUUCAAAACUUCAAUCACAAGAUAAUGAUGAUGAUUCACCUUGUCGGCUACCAUCAGGUGGUUCCAGCUCCGGUCCAGAAGUGUUCGUAAAAAAUGAGGUGUCCGACCAUUUAACACCUAUGGACUAUAAAGAUUUCUCAGUUUCUACUUGUGUAAAUGAUUUAUACAAAACUUUAUCAGACUAUUUUGGUGAAAGCCUAUCGACAAGAAUAAACGCUUCUACAGCCUUACCGCUUUUGUUCACGCAAGAACUGCGGCCAUUGGUAUCAAUGGAAAAAUACAGACUUGACUUAGCUUCCAAGAUGUUGAAUCAAGAUAUUACGAAACAUAAAGAAACAAAGCAAAGCAGUAGUAGAAUACGCAGUUCAACAACCCAUCGAGGAAGAAGUGUACAUGAUGUUUUUAAUUACGCACAAAAUGUGAAGGUUGAAAACAUGAAUAUUGAUUGUACAAUAGCAUUCAAUGUGGAUGGAUUUAAACAACGACCUCCUCGUUUACUUAAACGAAGAAACGUUUCAAAAAGUCUGGAGAUUCUUUCUUCAGAAUCAUCCAAAUUUGCUAUCUUGAACAAACAUAUGAAAGUAUCUGGAAAAAGGCGAAGCUGGUCGUGGUGUAAUAGCCGACCUAAAAUUUCAGCAAUGUGGUUUUGUGAUAUAUGGUGAUAUGGAUUCACUAUACAAUCUACGGUAGGAAACAAAAUGGAAACCGAAUGCAAAAACAGAUAACAGAAAGCAUGUGGCAGAAGUUAUCAUCAUUAGCUAGCUCCCUGCAUAGACAAAUCCAAUUAGAAAAGGGCGCUCUCUAUCGGCACCAUUGCUUGAUGUCCCUGCAUGCAUGUCAAGUCCAUGUAUGGUGGUGCAAAGUAUAUUAGAGUAGAUUUAUGAUGAAAACAAAACACUAUAUGUACUAUAAUUCUGAUAUUUACCUUUUGUAGCAUAUGAUAUGCAAGAAUCCUCUACCAUCUCUCCCAGCUAUGGUAUCUGCAGAGGAAGACUAAUCUAUGGAUCAGUCUAUACUGUAUUUUUUGCCUCUGGCUUCUUCACGUCUAAUUUUGGUCACAUUGCUUGUAAGAAGGACAAUUUACAUUUGUUUCUGUCUCUGUCUAUCAAAUAGUAUAAAUAUGUAUUUGGCAGGAUAUGAAUGACAUUUGAAUAUACUUUUUGAUCUGCCAUAGUAAAUAACCAGUCACCACAGACCAAGUGGUGGGUAGAAGGAUUCUUAAAUAAAACACAUCAUGGCAUAACAUCUGUAUUAUUGAUUUCUUGUGUUACCAAGACCAAUAAAAUUAGUCGUAAUGUUAGUAAAUUGAAAGAUACAAGCUAAACAUAUCCAUUAGACAAAACCACAAGGAUCGUAAUUAGACAAAAAGCAGUAAAUGUGAUUACUUAGGUUUACUUACAGGUGGUGUACUGGACACAGGACUAAUGUCAUCUAUGUUCCAGAUCCAAACUUGUUGAUCCUGGCAUUCUCAAUGCUUGAUUUAUGACCUAACUUAACUGGUUGAUCCUUCUAGAAUUUAUCAAGUCUAUUCUCGAACACUUAGAGAGAGGGAGGUGUUACAACUUUAUUUGAAAGUGCAUUUCAAUUGUCUACAAUGCGAUAGACUGAAUUAGCAACGAAAGAUGACGUCAUCACAAUUUGGCCGAUUGUGUAUAAAAUUGUAAACAAAGCCUAAAAUUCCUAUUCUAUAAUUUUGCGAGUUUUUGUAUGGUCCAGGAAAACAAGAAAAAAAAAAGAAAGUACGUGGGUAAAAUACUUUUUAAAACAUUGGUAGGUUAAGGAAGGUGCAUAGAACCAUCAGAAGACGUUUGAUUUGAUUUUCAUUAAGUUAAAUAUACGUAGAGUUUUUACAGGCUAGGCCUCGGCUCCUGACAACGCGACAUGGCUGGAUGUGGUGAUUGAGUGAGGCCAGACUGUAAACGUUCAGCUCCGUGCUGUCGUUAAGUCUUUUACUUGUUUAAACAUCCAGUCUGCCAAAGUUAUUGGUGUGAAUUUGGGAACAUUAUUCAAUAAUUUUGAAUAACUUAGCUCUCCUUGAAAUCUGCAAGUACAACACAUUUCAUGAGUUUUGCAACAAGUACAUUCAUUGACCGACGCCAUGAUUCACUGAGUGAAUACACGGCUGCCGUCGUCAUGCUGUAUUACACAGGCAGACACGACCAAUGUACGUUUUAUUCCCAAAAUAGUACGAUUUAUUCUUGUUAUAUUUCACAUUUGGCAGACACAAUCGUAGAGAAAAGAUGACGUUACAUUCAUAAACAUGUAACAAUGGUUUUUGUAAAUUUAAAUCACGCUCAACUUUACACACAAAGCGUGUAUGAGACGUUUUAAUAAAGGCUAUUUUCUUAAAUUACUGUGUAAA